AUGAUUAGCCCGAUUUACUUAACUAGAUUGCAAACAGGCAUGAGGUUACAUCUGAUAGUGACUAGUGUGACGGACACUGUUCACUGCGAAGGAUUACAAAGUACCGGCCUUUUACAGUUUUACGUGUAUUCUUCAAGGACUCAAAACAUCGUUUGGAUUCAGUGUGCAGCCCGGGUAAGCAGUGUACGGCCCCGCAUGGAGUACCGUUUUCACGUUAAUGUUGCUAGAGAUGUGGGAUCUUCUGCAUCCGUCUACCGCAUUGACGAUAAGAAUGUUCUGACGCGCACCCGACCAAUACCUGUAGUGAGAUCAUCUGCACUAGGCAGUAUUAAAAUACCAUCCGAUUCGUCUAGAGUCCUUCGUCCAUGA